AAAAUAAACACACACGUACAUUUAUUUCUAUAAUUAAUUUUCCUGGUGUGCGUCGAUGUUGUGGGGUCCUUGUCAGUGUCGUGUUAAGUGUCAUGACCGGAAUAAAUAAAUUCGUUCGGUUGGAAAUGAAGUGGCAAUAGUCAUAAACCAUAAUUCGAAACGGAAAGUGGUUGCCCUCUUGAGAGCUGUGUUCGUGAUUUAAUUUGUGUUUCCAUUUAUUCCUGCCACACCAUAGUGUCUUCCUUUUUCAAAUUAAACAUAGGCCUAUAUAAAUAAAUUUAUACAUCGAAGACAAAUACGAAAACAAAAAGAGAGAAAAAAAAGAACAAAUCAAAAAAUUAAGAAACAAAAAAGAAAUGAAUUUGAUUUGGAUGAUUUUAAUCUCAUUACAAUUAAGCAGUGCCGAGCAUAUUUUAAUGGUGACUAUGGGUGGUACGAAAUCCCACAAAAUACCAUUUUGGGAAUUGGCCAAAGGUCUGAUCAAAAAAGGACAUCAUGUAACAUUUCUCAAUGGAUUUAAAGCAGAUUUUCACAUGGAAGGUCUUAAGGAAAUCACCCCAAUGCAUUUGGUUGAAUACAUUCAAAACUACACUGACUGGGAUUUGGUAGGAGCUCGUUAUGCCCAAAAAGCUCCUUUGUCCAUUUGGAAGGCAUUGCGGUAUCCGGCUGAGUCAUGCAACAGUUUGUUGGAGGCCGAUGCCCAAAGUGGAGUUACCGUUACGGAUGACUUAUUGACACAGAGAUUCCAUUUGGCAAUUGUAGAUGGAGCAUUUCCGGAAUGUGCAUUGGGUAUCGUACAUCGCCUGGGUCUGCCAUUCAUGUUUAUCAAUACGGUAGGCUUCUACACAGGAAGUCUGGCAAUGGCAGGAAAUCCAAUUACUUAUGCCGUAACUCCUCAUGUCUUUACAGCAUUUACAGAGACAAUGAAUCUUUUGCAGCGAGUGGAGAAUUCUCUGAUACAUCGCUUGGCCGAUAUACUGCACAUGUAUUAUACCAAUCAAGUGCAUGGUGUCCUGAUGAAACACUUCGGUGCCAGCAUACCCCAUCCCUAUGCACUGAUGCAGAACGUUUCCAUCAUAUUGCAGAAUGGCCAUGCCAGCAUAACAAAUGCAAGACCAUUCUAUCCGAAUGUUAUCGAAAUUGCAUGCAUUCACUGCAGGCCCGCAGGCUGUCUACCACUAGACCUGGAAGAGUUCAUGGAAUCAGCUCCGGCGGGUGUAAUAUUUUUUUCAAUGGGUUCAUCGGUGAGAGCGGCAAAUGUGCCUGAGGAAUUUCGCCGUUUGCUCGUCGAGGUAUUUUCUCGUUUACCGCAAUAUCAUGUCCUAUGGAAGUGGGAUGCAGGUGGCUCGACAACGCAUCAAAAUAUGAGCGCGGUCACAAAGAAUGUCCGUUUGAGUGGCUGGCUGCCGCAACAGGACAUAUUAGGACACCGGAAGAUGAAGGCUUUCGUCACACAUGGCGGCCUGCUCAGCAUGUUCGAAGCCAUUUAUCAUGCGGUUCCUAUGGUGAUGCUGCCCGUGUUCUGUGAUCAUGAUGUAAAUGCAGCUAAAGCCGAAUCGGAUGGAUAUGCCAUACGAUUGCCACUUGAAACGAUUACAGCAGAUAAACUCUAUCAGGCCAUAAUUGCGAUUUUGAACAAUGGCCAAUAUAAACGAAAAGUCCAAGAGAAAAGUCAAUUGUUGUUGGAUCAAAUCACCACACCACUGGACACAGCAAUAUUUUGGUCUGAAUUCCUUAUGAGACAUAACGAUGUUUCCCAUCUGCAAUCUCCAGUGCGGCAUAUGAGUUGUUUCAUAUACUAUUCGCUGGACUUGAUUGGCAUCUCCAUGUUUGUUUUUGGUGGCAUUCUCAUAAUUUUGUCGAAAAUCUUGAUGUAUGUGUGGCAGCAUGGAAAUAGAAGACACUUACGCCAUAGGCGUCAAAAUAAGUAUUUAAAACAGUAUUAAGUAAUAGUGUAGAAACGAGAUUUUCUGAGAAAAAUAUGUUU